CAUUAAACGAGUUGCACCGUAGAUACGUCACAUCCGGCUGGGUUUCACUCGUUGGAGCAAUAAUGGCAGCCUUUUCUGAAAUGGGAGUUAUGCCUGAAAUAGCGCAGGCUGUGGAAGAGAUGGACUGGCUACUACCCACGGACAUCCAGGCAGAGUCUAUUCCCCUGAUUCUCGGUGGAGGAGAUGUACUCAUGGCUGCAGAAACCGGAAGUGGCAAAACAGGAGCGUUCAGUAUCCCAGUGAUUCAGAUUGUGUAUGAGACCAUAAAGGAUCAGCAGGAGGGCAAGAAGGGCAGAGCUCCAGUCAAAACUGGAGGAACUAUUUUCAACACCUGGCAGAUGAACCCAUAUGAUCGUAGCACACAGUUUGCUAUCGGACCUGAUGGCCUGUGCUGUCAGAGCAGGGAGUUUAAAGAGUGGCACGGCUGUCGGUCCACUAAAGGCGUCACAAAAGGAAAGUACUACUAUGAAGUGAGCUGUCAGGACCAGGGUUUGUGCCGUAUCGGAUGGUCCACCAGUCAAGCAGCACUGGAUCUGGGAACUGAUAAGUAUGGCUUUGGCUUUGGCGGCACUGGAAAGAAGUCCAACAACAAGCAGUUUGACAGCUAUGGAGAGGAGUUCACCAUGCAUGACACGAUCGGGUGCUACCUGGAUCUAGACAAGAAUCAGAUUUCAUUCUCUAAAAAUGGAAACGACCUGGGUUUGGCAUUUGAAAUCCCUCAAAACCUGAGGAAUCAGGCUUUCUUCGCCUCCUGCGUUCUCAAGAAUGCUGAGCUGAAGUUUAACUUUGGAGGAGAACAUUUUAAAUUCCCACCUAAGGAAGGGUUUGUGGCUCUGGAUCAGGCAUCGGAGGGCCACACAGUCAAAUCUUCACAGACAGGCAGUGCCAAAGUGAGUCAAGUGAAAACGUCAUCAAAUGCUCCCAAAGCCCUGAUCAUUGAGCCGUCUAAAGAGCUGGCAGAGCAAACCUUCAACAACGUCAAGCAGUUUAAAAAAUAUGUGGAUAAUCCUAAAUUAAGGGAGCUUCUGGUGAUCGGUGGUGUGGCAGCCAAAGAACAGCUGGCUGUGCUGGAACAGGGGGUGGACAUAGUGGUGGGAACGCCCGGCAGGCUGGAUGACCUCAUCUCCACCGGGAAGCUGAGUCUGGCCCAAGUCCGUUUUCUGGUCCUGGAUGAGUGUGAUGGCCUCCUGAUUGCAGGCUACACUGAUUUUAUCAACAGGAUCCAUAAACAAAUCCCUCAGGUGACAUCCGAUGGCAAAAGGCUGCAGGUCAUCGUGUGUUCGGCCACACUUCACUCCUUUGAUGUGAAGAAGCUGUCUGAACGCAUCAUGCACUUUCCCACCUGGGUGGACCUGAAGGGGGAGGACUCGGUUCCAGAGACCGUCCAUCAUGUGGUGGUCCCCGUCAACCCAAAGACCGACCGUCUGUGGGAACGCCUCGGGAAGAACCACAUCCAGACGGAUGAAGUCCAUGCCAAAGACAACACCCGACCAGGAGUCGGUUCUCCAGAAAUGUGGUCAGAAGCUAUAAAGGUGCUGAAGGGGGAGUACACGAUCCGAGCAAUUAAAGAACACAAAAUGGACCAAGCCAUAAUCUUCUGCCGCACCAAGAUCGACUGUGACAACAUGGAGCAGUACUUCAUCCAGCAUGGAGGAGGCCCCGACAGCAAAGGUCACCAGUUAUCCUGCGUUUGUCUUCACGGUGAUCGGAAGCCCAAUGAGAGGAAAACCAACUUGGAGCGAUUCAAGAGAAAAGAAGUGAGGCUGCUGAUCUGCACAGACGUAGCCGCCAGAGGCAUCGACAUCCACGGCGUUCCCUAUGUGAUAAACGUCACCCUGCCAGACGAGAAGCAGAACUACGUCCACCGCAUCGGCAGAGUCGGACGAGCUGAGAGAAUGGGACUUGCUAUCUCUCUGGUGGCCAUGGAGAAAGAAAAGGUGUGGUACCACGUGUGCCCGAACAGAGGCAGAGGCUGCUACAACACCCGGCUGAAGGAAGACGGAGGCUGCACCAUUUGGUACAACGAGAAGGAGCUCUUGUCAGACAUCGAGGAGCACCUGAAGUGCACCAUCACUCAGUGUGAGCCAGAUAUCAAAGUACCAGUGGAUGAGUUUGAUGGGAAGGUGACCUACGGACAGCGCAGGGCUUUAGGAGGUGGAAACUACAAGGGCCAUGUGGAUGUCCUGGCCCCAACAGUCCAGGAGCUGGCCCUUCUAGAGAGGGAAGCUCAGACGUCCUUCCUCCACCUGGGAUACCUGCCAAACCAGCUGUUCAGAGCCUUCUAAACACAACGCAGCUAGCGUAGAAACCUCCAGGCUUCCGUUUCAGGAUUAAUGUCGAAUAGGAAGUGUGUGUGGAUCCUGACCGAGUGCUACAGGGUUCGGGCUAGAACAUGGCAGCAGUUUACCAGGUUUUUCAUUUGGGUCAUUUAUUUAAAUUUAGGUUAGAAGUUGGUAGCAUUAAGUAUCUGAGCCUUUAGCACAUGUCUCUCUUUAGAUUUACACUUCCAGUGACAACAAAGAGGAGCGAAUACCAAACUUGAAUGCUGAGCCGGAUUUGUUUGCGUCUGGAUUCGUUUUCUGAUGAAAUCACAUAAAGUGGAUUAAAAAGGUCUGGAUGACGCGGGCUUGUUUUCCCUCAAAUAAAAUAAAAGCUUGA